AUGAAGGCGGUCGCGGUCGUGGUCGGCGGUGCCUGCGCAGCCUACCUCCUCUACCGCCGGAGCCUGCUCGCCUACGUGCACGGCGACGCGCGAGCCGAGGGCCACGAUGAGGCUUACGCCGCCAAACCAGUCAUUAUCUUUUGCUCUCGCACGGUAAAGUCGGCAGAUGCAUCCAAGUACACGGAGACGUUUGCCAAAUUCGCUGCCGAGGCGCAGGGAGGAGACUACGGCGUGCGUGCCUGCUUCUCCUUCAUCGACAGGGACAAGCCCGACACGGUCGUUCAAUUCCUCUGGUUUGACACCACGGAGGGCUUCAUCAAGCUGAUGAAGGAGAGCAAGCCUUGGUGUGAUCUCACAGACUACUAUUCUGGUAGCGCAGAGACGGACAUCCAGCAGUUUUGGACCGGGAGCGUCACCGAUGAGCUCAAAGCGGCGGCAGCCAAGGUGCCCAACGUCAAAACAGGCUUUGGGUCGAGCAUCCGCGGCUUCAUCCGACCUCCUUCCAGCCCGGGCUUCAAGGCCGGGGCGCCCGUCAUCUGGGUCUCGAAGCGAAAAAUAAAGGAUGGCAAGAUGGCAGAUAACAUCAAGUACUGGGGCAUUCUGUCCGAGAUGCAGUACGUCAACGCGCCGGGGUGUGUCGCCACCAUCGAAGUUGCGCAUUUUCCAAUGACGUCGCCGUCCGUCCUGUACCACGGCCUCCGAUACGUCCUCCCUACCUUCGAUAGCGAGCCGUGGCCGUACUCGUACAGCUUCUCCACCCCAGAGUGGAUGGAGAAGAUUGUCAGGUACAACGACGGCAACAAGGCCUUCAACCAGUAUCACUGGGCCAAGGGCCUGAUCGGGCCAAUGCCGGACUUUGCGAAGUCACUAGCAGCUAGGGCGCGACCGUCGCCGCUCCUGUCUGCUGCGCUGCUGCCGCGCGGCGGCUCGUCGCACUUGCUCGGUGCGCGGACGCUCCACGCGACUGCAGUUUCGCGGGCGCAAGACUAUUAUGACGUGCUCGGUCUGCCCAAGACGGCGAGCACGGGCGAGAUCAAGCGAAAGUACUACGAGAAGGCAAAGCAGUACCACCCGGACACCAACAAGAACGACCCGGAGGCGGCCAAGAAGUUUGCAGCCGCGACAGAGGCCUACGAGGUGCUGAGCGACGGCGAGAAGCGCAAGGCCUACGACACGUAUGGCCACGCCGGACUCGGCGGCGGCGGCGGCGGCGGCGGCCCUGGGCAGGGGUUUGGCCAGGGCUUCCACCCUGGCGGCGGCGGCUUCCAGUGGCGGUCGGACAACCCGAACGUCGACCUCAACGACAUCUUCGAGCAGCUCUUCGGCGGCCAGGGCCGGCGGCAGCGCGGGCCGCGCCGCGGGAGAGACGUGCAGACGCAGAUUGUGCUCGAUCUCGAGGAGGUCGCGGUGGGAGUCGAGAAGUCGGUCUCGUGGCGGACGGCAGAGGGGACGGAGACGGCAGAGGUGCCUAUCCCCGCGGGCGUGGACACGGGGAUGAACCUCUGCGUGCGAGGCAAGGGGGAGGCGGGCGCCGCCGGGCCGGGAGACUUGUACAUCGAGGUGCGCCUCACGCUGGCCGAGGCGGUGCUGGGCGGGCGGGUGGUCGUCCCGACGCUUGAGGGGCAGGCGGCCCCGCAGCUGCCGCCCGGCGCUGCGGCCCUCAAGCUGCCGCCCGGUACGCAGCCGGGCGACCGGCGCGUGAUGGAGGGGCGCGGCGUGCGGGCGAACUCUGGGCGCGGCCACCAGUAUGUCCACUUCAACGUCGACGUGCCAGUCAAGCCGACGGAGCGGCAAAAGGAGCUCAUCCGUGAGUUCGGCGAGGAGCAGGUCAUCAGCGACGACGACCGUGCCGACCGAAGGGAUCGCGACGCCGGCCGCCGCGGCGGGCGACGUGGCUGGUCGUUUGGGUAG